AUGCAGGGAGCAGAUCAGGAAGAUUCCAAGAGCCUAUGGAAGCCAUUGUACAUUGAGAAUGAUGAGAUUGCAAAGAAAGUAUGCAGUAAGCACAUUGGAGGCCAUGCGAAUCAUGAGAAAUGUGCAUAUAUAAACACGAGUCCCAAGAAUCAUAGAACACGUGGAUGCACCUCAAGCCAUACUGACGAUGAUUCGGAGUCCAUAAGCACAAAAAGCAUCGGUCAGGACUCGGAUCCUCAUGAGAAGAGCAAGAGUUGCUUGAGUGGUACAAAACGCGUCGAUCACUUUGAAGCCGUAAAAAGCCGCUGGGCUUUGGAAUUUGGGCGUGGGAUACAUCAUUACAGGCAUUCAGUUGACGCUAUGCAUGCAAGGAGUUGCAAUGCUGGACUGUGCACAGGCUCAGACACAGGCAAUCUUCUUAACGAUUUUUUUCUUGCAUUGGACAAGUUUGUUUACAUCGCGAAUCAGUGCCUCAAGAGCACAUACAUUCAGGACGAGGAUUUCAACUUUGCGCUUUCCUGGAUAAGAAAUGCGUUCCAAUCACUGGGCAUUGACGGCGCAAGGCACUAUGCAAACAAUUACUCAGGCCCAUAUGAUGGAUGGGCCGUGGACAUAGAGUUUUUGAUGAACAGAUACUUCUUCAGUCCUGAGUUCAACCACGUGAAUGGCUUUGGGAUCAAGGAGCCGAUGUACGAAGGAUGCAGGUUUGUAGAGAAUCAAGGCAAUAAUUUCUGUCUUUCUUAUGUACCAUAUCCUGGAUACUAUGAUACCGAUGACGGCAGCAAGCAGUUCUGUUCUAAAUGCAAGCUAAUGCUGCCACCGCAUCUAAGCUCAUCAAGAGGUGCAAAUAAUGACGACACAAAUGAAUGCAGCUGA